UUCAAAGAUUUGACGGAGCCGACUUCAUAUUGUAAAAAUCAUAAUUCUGGCUUUAGACUCUUAAUACGUGCCAGAGGUGUUAAACCUUCAACGAAAUCUACAUCUAUGGUGUUUAGAAACGUUUCGGCCAAGAGAGAAAAACAGAGCAACCACAACAGAGCAACGACUAUCUCCCAAUCAAUUUCCAUGGAAGAUUUGAAGCCAAGUCUGGCUAAUUCCUCUCCCCUAACUCCAAUUGGUUUCCUUGAAAGAGCUUCUGUCAUCUAUGGUGAUUCUCCCUCCAUUAUCUACAACUCCACCACCUACACCUGGUCAGAAACUUAUCGCCGAUGUCUUCGAGUCGCUUCGUCUCUUUCUUCCAUUGGCAUCCAGAAAGGCUAUGUCGUCUCUGUCAUCGCACCCAACACUCCCCCGAUGUACGAGCUCCAGUUUGCUGUUCCGAUGGCUGGUGCUGUCCUUAACUGUAUCAAUCUUCGCCUCGACGCUCGAACCAUCUCCAUCCUCCUCCGCCACUGUGAAUCUAAACUCAUCUUUAUUGAUCAAGCCUCUUGUGGCUUAAUCUCCGACGCCUUGGCAUUGUUCCCACCGGAGACCAAACGACCGUUGCUCGUCCUCAUCGCCGACGAUACUGCGGUGGAGGAUUCGCUAUCGUCAUCGUCGUCCUCUGUGAUUGGAGGCGAGUUUGUUGAUUCGUAUGAGGAAAUGGUUCAGAAAGGGGAUGAUGAGUUUCGGUGGAUUCGGCCGGUGAGUGAGUGGGAUCCGAUUGUAAUGAACUACACUUCUGGCACGACAUCAUCGCCGAAGGGAGUGGUUCAUAGUCACAGAGGAAUUUUUGCGGUGACACUUGAUUCGCUUAUCGAAUGGGGAGUUCCUAAGCAAUCGGUUUAUUUAUGGACCUUACCGAUGUUUCAUGCCAAUGGAUGGAGUUUUCCUUUCGGAAUUGCGGCGGUCGGAGGCACAAAUGUUUGCAUUCGAAAAUUCGAUGCGGCAUUGAUCUUUUCAUUGAUUCAUCGCCAUCAUGUGACACACUUGUGCGGAGCUCCGGUGGUACUCAACAUGCUAACAAACUCCCCUGACAAUCAACCACUUGAACGACCCGUCAAGAUUCUCACCGCCGGAGCACCUCCACCUGCAGCAGUUCUGUUUCGAACCGAAUCAUUGGGGUUUGAUGUCGGCCAUGGGUACGGACUAACAGAGACUGGAGGGCUGGUGAUUUAUUGCUCAUGGAAGUCAAAGUGGAACCGACUGCCGGCGACGGAGCGUGCACGACUGAAGGCACGACAAGGGGUGCGGACUCUGGCAAUGUCAGAGGUAGACGUGUUGGAUUCAGAGACCGGAAAGAGUGUGAAAAGAGACGGAGCUUCAAUCGGAGAGAUUGUUUUAAGAGGCGGAUCAAUGAUGCUUGGGUAUUUUAAAGAUCCUGAAGCAACGAAAAAAGCGAUGACCGACGAGGGGUGGUUCUUCACCGGAGACGUCGGGGUGAUGCAUCCAGAUGGGUAUUUAGAGAUCAAGGACAGAUCGAAGGAUGUGAUUAUAAGCGGCGGAGAGAAUUUGAGCAGUGUUGAGGUGGAAUCAGUUUUGUACACGAAUCCGGCGGUGAAUGAGGCGGCGGUGGUGGCGCGGCCGGAUGAGUUCUGGGGAGAGACGCCGUGUGCGUUUGUGAGCUUGAGAGAAGGAUUGACUCGAUUGCCAACAGAGGAGGAGAUAAUGGAGUAUUGUAGAGAGAAGUUGCCGAAGUUUAUGGUGCCGAAGACGGUGGUUUUCAUGGAGAAGCUGCCGAAGACGUCGACCGGAAAGAUUCAGAAGUUCUUACUUAGAGAAAAGGCUAAGUCAAUGGGCCCUGCUCGGACGAGCCGUUUGUAGAAGAAAGUAUGAAUUGAUUAAUCUUAUGACAAGUAAUAAAUGCUCUCAACUUCAAUUUGAUAAUGUUCUUAAAUUAUUGGAAUGGUAAACAUAGUGAAAACUUUUUGCCA